UGUUCAUGCCAUUCAUUGUUUUUCUCGCUCAUUUCAGGGAUUCAUUAGAUUUUUUAGUCUCACAUCGUGAUUUUUCCUCAUAAUUUGCACUACAUCAAUUUUCUAGUAGGUUUUUCUAAAAUGAACACGGUAUGGAAAUUUCUACUGUCAAGAACUUUUCUUUGAAACAUGGCUGCUUCUUGUGUGUGAUGUUUGAACCCAUGCCUUUGAUUUGAACCCAAUCAAUAGUAUUUUAGUCAACUCUCAACCCAGUCUUUCGCUGGUUUUAAAUCUUCAAUGGUGGUGUAAGAGCAAUGAGUGAAGAUUCUACAGUUAUUUCCUACGAGCCUUUAGUUGAACUAUCAUUGAAGUAUGAAAAUGACGUAGACUACAUCUAUUGUCUUUGCAGCCGUGUAUUAGUGAGUGAAAAGAAUCUGACUCGCUCUGUACCAGUCAAAGAAGAAUCUGAAUGGGAAGACUUGAAUGGUGGUCAAAACCUAAGUGGACUUAAACAGAGCCCAAAUACCAACCAGAUUCACCACAAGAAACGAGACGAAGCUUUCAGCUGCUACUACAGUGUAUCUCACUAUUCUACCGAUGACCAAGACAGCUCCAGCCAGUUUGCACUAGAAAGUGACAGCGGAGCAGACAUAUCCGUAACAAGCCGAGAUCUUGAGUGGGAACGCUAUUGGGCACAAAAUGGUGACCGCAUUGUUUGGGAAAGUUGGAUAACCAAGUACAAUGAUUACAUCGAUCCAACUUACCUUAAUAAUCAUGGGAAUCCACAUCAAGCUCUUGACAAGGAUGCUGUGAAAAACGAAGGAAGUGAUAAUUUUGAUUCUGUGUCCUCUGACAGUGAUGAAGUGGAAGCUGACAAUCUAUCACCAGUUGAAUCCACUGAUGUGAAUAAGUUAGAAUUGAAUCUUCCAAAGAAAGACGUAUCAACUGAGGAAGAAAAGAGACCUAAAGAAUUGACUUUUGCAGAACCUCCCACUCUAUCAGUUGGAGACUUUGAUGGACAAAUUUUGUCAGAACCUUUAGAGCAUUCAAAAGAACAGGACGACUUCUUUGAUGAGCAAUUUAGACUAAGAACUGGAAGCCGGAGUUCUGGGAAUAGCGGUCGACUAACUGCAACCACUGAUUCUAUGACCAAUGUUACCAGAAUUACAUUGUCGACUUCAAAUUCCAGUUCUGAAGACCUAUCAAGAAUCGAUUCGUCUCUCUCACCCUCUUCGUCUGUGACUUCUUACACUGAGCAGUGGCAGCACUUGUGGAAUGAACACUUCAAUGACCUGUACAACUCUCAUUAUAAUGCAUUUAUCUCGCAGUACAAAGAAAGUGACCCAUUGCCUUCAUGGGAACCAGUCGCUGAUAUCAUUAAUGAUGUUUUAGGAGACCCUGACUUUGAAAGUAGUGUCGAAAGAGUAAACACCUCUGUUCCUAACCAACCUGACGAAGACUUCCUCUCUGCAAAAAUUAACCAGGUAGAAAUUUCCAGAAAGGAGAAACCAUCCUCUGACUUUCUGGUCAAAAGUAAACUUGCAAACGGCUGUAUUGAAGAGGAAAGACUCAAUUGCAUGAUAGAUGUAAAUGAGGAUUCUCAAGAAUCAAGCUCAUCCAAAAAGAAUAGCAAGGGAAAGAGAAAAAGGACCAAGAAUAGCAGGCAAUUUGAGUAUGUGAUCGAAAAUUCAGUCAGUAGUACUAUCAAGAAACUUAUAGCUGAAAAGAAUGGUACCUCCUGUAGUUUGACCAAAGAUUUGGCCUCUUCUGAAAAGAAUUCAGAGGAUAGUGUAUGUGAUAGUGAAAGUUCUCUAAUAACUAGUAUUCCUUUACAAUGUGAUGACACCUCUUUGAGUGAUCGAGUUAACGCAGAAGUAGCCAUUGAGCAUCAAACGGAAAACCUUCACCUGUCAAGUAUUAACGGCGUAACGUCAAGUAAUAAUGGCGUACCUCAUUAUAAUGCCAUUGUAGAUAGUGAAAAAGACUCUGUGAAUAACAAGGAAAAUAACUCAUCAAUAGUCAAUUCAGUAACUUGCGAAUCAAGUCCAAUUCAACAGAAUCCUGUUAUCAAGAAAUGGAAUCAAAAGUUGCAGUCUACUCUUAGCCGUUUGAGUAGUGCUUUCACGUUAAUGGGAUUGGAAUUCAUACCAUCAAGUAGUAAGACUUUGGAAGAAUUGGAAGUUAAUUAUUUAAAAUCAAAUAUCAAGCAACAGAAUAAAGAUCUCAGGAUGUUUUCUCGCAAGCAUACAUACUUUGAUGAUGAUGGAAAUCCUGUACUAGAACAGGUCAAACAGUUUCUAGAGAAAGCCAAGGAGGAAUCAGUAACCAGCCAAACAGACAAGCUUUUUCAAGGAGUUGGUUUAAAGGACCAAAAUGAAACGACAGUCUCAAAGAAUUUAAAUAGUCUAGUCACUCCAGUAGAAACUAGUCCAAGCACCAACAUAAUUGGUGAAUUUGUAAACCCCAAUGAAACUUACAAUCAGUCCAAGAAGACAAAAGAGAGUGCGUCUGAGAUUGGAGAGCUCUCGUCCAAUGAAGCCACACCCUGCAGCUCCUCCUCAGAGCUUUGUGAGGAAGAAGAUAAGUUUGAACCUAUCAGUAAAAAACUGAAGAAAGCAAAGUCUUCACGGAAGAAAAGCAAGGCUCAAAAAACGCAAAAUUUGCCGCCUGAGAUAGCUAAAAAUCCAAAGCUACGCAAGUACUGGAUGAGACGUUAUCGCUUAUUUUCUAAAUUUGAUGAGGGUAUCCAACUGGAUGAAGAGAGCUGGUAUUCCGUGACUCCUGAAUGUAUGAGUAAACAUAUUUCACAAAGAUGUAGGUGUGAUGUUCUCAUUGAUGCUUUUUGCGGUGCUGGCGGCAACACCAUUCAAUUUGCCCUCACGUGUGAACGAGUUAUUGCAAUCGACAUUGACCCGGUCAAAAUUGAAAUGGCUCGAAAUAACGCUAGAAUCUAUGGUGUUGAAGACAGGAUUGAGUUCAUUGUAGGAGAUUUCCUUCAGCUAGCACCAAACUUGAAGGCUGAUGUUGUGUUUAUGUCACCUCCAUGGGGAGGACCGAGCUACUUGCGAGGCAGCUCUUUUGACCUCGACAAAAUUUUGCCUCCAACAGGAGGUAAAGGGCUGCUGGAAGUAGCCAGAAAGAUUACCAAUAAUAUUUGUUAUUUUCUGCCCAGAAACUGCAACGUUGAUCAGUUGAUACCCUUGUCUGGUGAUGCAUUUGAAAUUGAGGUAGAACAAAAUUUUCUUCAAAAGAAGUUAAUUGCCAUUUCAGCGUAUUUUGGAGAAUUGAUUCAUGUUGAAGACGAUCAGUAACGUUCUGCUAACAUCUACCACUAAUUGAAAAGUUGCCACUAUUAGUUUUAAUUUACGUUUUUUGUGCUUUUGACACAAAUUUCAUUUGAAUUUUUCACCUAAAUGCUGCCAUAAAAAUGAACUUAAAGGCUCAGGUUUUAAUACUUUUGACUUCCUUUUGAAUUUUAAUGAAGAUGUCUUAGAGGAAGAACUUCUCAGAAACUUACAUUAUUGCAUAUUAAUUUUUUUUUAUUUCUUUCCUCCAUGUAUUUUAAUUCUUUAAUAUUUUAUAAUAUCAUUUAUACUUUAAUUUACCUUCCCAUUUUUUAGUCUGAUUUUGCAAGAGCACCUUUUUUUUUUUUUUCUUAUCAUUUAUUAUAGUAAGAAUUGCAGCUGUAUUGUAACUGUUCCAGUCCCUGGCGAUUUUCUUUUUGAUUUCUCACUUAUGUAUUAUCGGAAUGAGUCUAUCAAGGUUGAAGAAUGAUUGAAUCAUUACUCGCUAUUUCCUCUGCUUUAAGGUUAGAAAAACAGUAAGCAUGUAUUUUAGUAUGUAAUUACUUAAACAGAGAAAUGACCCUUGCUUUAUCUCGGAUUGCAAAAAUGAGUUGCACUACGCUCCUAUCUCUGAUAAGAAAUGACUAGAAGGAACCAAAAUAUUUUAAAAUUUUUUCUUGAAUGUUAUGCGAGCGUAGUUAAAACUGUAUCCUAAACUAUUCUGUUAUUCUUACUUUUCAGAUUCCACAAUUUCCUCCUGAAAUUGUGAUAAAAAAAAUUACUGUGCAAUCGGCUCUGUUCUAAGUUUCAAAUGCAAUGUAUAAAAUUUUGCAUUAUUGACUCAUUGGCGUCAUUGGUUUAAAAUGAUAGCAAAUGAAAAUGAAAUAGAUCAGAAAAGGGAUAAUCCUUAGAUUAAAGUAGUAAAAUAAUUUUCAAGAUUUCAUACUCAUCCCGAUAGUGAUCAUUGAUUGAUUUUCAUUAAAAGUAUUGGUACCUUCCAUUUUCUCAAACACAAUUCUUGAUUAGCAAUUUAACAAUAAAUAUGCUUUCUACUGAUAACUAUAUAUGUAGAAGCAACUUCACUAGAAUAUCCUAACAUUUCAUUGGUACUUUGUCAAUUGAUCUCGAUACCAUUCUAUACCUUUCACCAGUAUACCUCUCCAUGUGCUGAUGCAAGCAGGAUAGGCUGUCAGGUGUUUUUUCAAUGGUUUCCAUCAUUUGCAAUGACCAGAAUUCGUUGGUCAUCAUUAGAAAGUAUGUCUUGAAAAUACAUUGAUGUGAUGAUUUCUGCAGUUCAUGGAACAGCAGAAAAAUAUUGAGAAUUGUAUCUCCAUGGAUCAUGGCGCAUUGUAGUUUCCUUCUUGUCUCUUUGAAAGAGAGUAAGAGCAAUGUUGUAGUGAGAAUCUCGCUUUCAGUAAGUACCAUUGACAAGGCAUGAAAAUUGACCCUUAGCUUCGCUCCAAAGUGUAUUUUACAACAUUUACUCCCUCAUUGCUGACAGUAGGCUUGUAGUAGAAGAGGUAUGAUGAAAAUGACUUCAGAACUUACAAUUAGCUGAAAUCCUUAUGUGAGAUAAUGUAAUUUGCUGAACAAAAAAGACUGAUUUAGUGACUACAUCAUUCAAUAGUUCCCCCAGAGAAAAUGAACUGUUCUGACAUUGAUAGUUUUCCUGUGCUUUCUAGGGGUAACACAAUUUAAUUGUAACAUAUUGAACGACGGAGCGACUGAAUCCUUCUUUGGUAUUGCCCCUCUCAGUUUCAGAAAAAAUGGGAACUAUUUCUGAACGAGUCUUCUUUAACUUUGAAUAGGCUUCCAUUUCAUGACAAGAAGCUACACAGUAUUAAGAAAAUUGAAAUAGCCUCAAAUUUUCAUCAUUCCCAUCUCAAUUAAACAAGUCAGUCAGUGUUGCAUGUGUGGAACUUCGUGCUUUUGUCUGUAGUCAGCUUCUUAUUUGUUUGUGUUAAAUUUUUCCCCUCGUUUUUUUAUAUUUUUGAAAAUGUCUUUAAUUCAAGUUCUGUUUGACAAAUAUUUACUUUUUUUUGUUAAUUUAUACCUUAUGUGAACAGCAAGUUUUUGGAAGCUCCUUCUGAAUUUCAGAUGCUUGCCAAAAAAAUUCUUUUUUAAUUAGUUUCUUUUGAUAAUCAUAAUUUUUUAAAAAUUUGUCAGUUCAAUUUCUUUUUUCAUUCUUUUUCAAGCGAUUUUUUAAGCUUUGUACUUGUUCAUUAUUCAUUGCAGUAAAUGAAACAUUUUAAAUUCUAAA